AUGGCGGACUCGCAGCUGUUCUGCGUGGCGGAGGAGCGCAGCGGCCACUGCGCCGUGGUGGACGGAAACUGCCUCUACGUGUGGGGGGGCUACGUGUCUAUUGAAGACAAUGAAGUAUAUUUGCCUAAUGAUGAAAUUUGGACCUAUGAUAUUGAUAGUGGGUUAUGGAGAAUGCACCUGAUGGAAGGGGAGCUCCCUACCUCCAUGUCAGGGAGCUGCGGCGCCUGCGUUAAUGGGAAGCUGUACAUUUUUGGAGGAUACGAUGACAAAGGAUACAGCAAUCGACUUUAUUUUGUUAAUUUGCGAACAAGAGAUGGAACCUACAUUUGGGAAAAAAUCGCCAACUUUGAAGGAUUACCACCCACACCACGUGACAAACUUUCCUGCUGGGUCUAUAAAGACAGAUUAAUAUAUUUUGGUGGUUAUGGGUGUAGGAGACAUAAUGAACUCCAAGACUGUUUUGAUGUUCAUGAUGCGUCUUGGGUAAGAGAGGUUUUUACAGUGUGGCAUGUUAAGAGUGUUUAAAUCUUUGCAAUCUCUUCUGAUCUCUGCUUGCAGGCUGGAGCUCCACCACAGCCACGAGCCGCACACACAUGUGCAGUUCUUGGAAAUAAGGGUUAUGUCUUUGGCGGACGUGUCUUGCAAACAAGGAUGAAUGAUUUGCACUAUCUAAACUUAGAUACCUGGACUUGGUCUGGAAGGAUUCCUAUUAAUGGAGAAAGCCCGAAGCACCGGUCAUGGCACACUUUAACCCCAAUAGCUGAUGAUAAGCUUUUCCUAUUUGGUGGACUAAGUGCAGAUAAUAUUCCCUUAAGUGAUGGUUGGAUUCACAAUGUCAUAACAAAUUGUUGGAAGCAACUUACACAUUUACCAAAAACAAGACCUAGGUUAUGGCACACAGCCUGUUUGGGAAAAGAAAAUGAAAUAAUGGUAUUUGGUGGGAGCAAAGAUGAUUUACUUUCUUUGGAUACAGGUCACUGUAAUGAUUUACUGAUCUUUCAAACACAGCCUUAUUCACUACUCAGGUCAUGUCUUGAUUGCAUUGGCAAAAAUGCUAUCAUUUUAGAAAGUCAGAUAUCUUUAUUACCUCCAAAGCUUCUACAACAAGUACUCAAAAAAAUAACAUUUUGGACUGCAACUAAUCACCGAGAAGAACAAAGAAUCCAAAAAGAAGAAACAGACAAUAAAUAUCAAUGGAUCAGUAGCAAUUAAACUGUUAGAUACUCCAUGUAUUUCGUAUGUUUUAACAUUUUAAUUGGACUAUACAUUUACACUCCCAAA